AAAACAAAAAAGAUGGCAGCGCCCUUUUCAAACGUUUCUGCGUCAUUCAGAACAUUGAAUUUAUAUAAGAAAAAUAUAAUAUGUAAAAGAAGAUUACCUUGUCUAAUGGUAAGCAUUUGAUGGCAUAUUUUUAUCUUUUUCCAUUUUUAUAUUAUUAUCAGUGUUAACUACCUUAUCAGCACAAAUUCAAAUCGGUAAAUUACGAGGACUACGAAUGCCGAAUGCCACUAUCAGCUAUCACUAUUUUAUCGAAUUUCACGAAUGUAUCAUAGUAUAUCCCUAAAUGAAAAUCGAUCCCUAUUCCUAACCUGAACCCUGAAUCGUUCCCUCAACCUAACCUAAACCUUAAUUCAACUAAUUCACUGCAACUAUAAUUAUAAUUAUAAUAAACACCCAAAAGACACAGUGACAGUGGCAUUCAUCCUUAGUCUUAGUCUUAGAGUUAGCCUUUCACUGUACACCUUAAUGGUACUAUAACUAAGUUACAGUUCUGCACAUAAGUAUAAGGCACUUGAAUUUCAGUAGUAGAAAUAGUGUUUACAAUAAUAAUAAAUAUUAUAGAAAUGUAUGUGUCAUAGUCCUAGUUGCAAACUACCACUGGAAAGUAGGUUAUUAAAAAUUUAAAAAUCUUGUUGUUCAGGUUCGAAUUGCUAUUUAGAUUUAAACAGUUAUUCUAUUAUUGAUAAUUAAAAAUUUUUUUUUUUAUUAUUUCAUCCAAAUUAAUGGAAAUGUUAAUGUUUUUAUGACAUUGUACAUAUUCAUUUAAGCACAUAUGUAAAAUACAGAAUUUGUAAAAUAUAAAAAUUGAAAAAAAUUAAUGUAUGGCAAGAAUUAUUAUGAAAGUGAAGCAGAGUUUGAGUUUAUUUCAUCAUCUCCUCUGAAACAAUUGCGGAACAUGAACUCAUGCAACUAUGAUUUGAAGGAAAAGAUUGUAACAUGUGCCAAACUCAUUAACUGCCUUUUCACUUUGAGCUUCCCACAUCCACAUAUUUUAUACACUGUGUAUGGACAUUAUUGUCAUUUGUAUUGAAAAAAUUUUGUUGAUGAACCACAACAGAGUGUUCAUAGAUUCUGCGUCUGAUCUAGAUUAUGUUUGCAUAAUCUGCCCAUCCGUCUGAUACAGUAAGUGAGCCUGAAAGGAUAUCUCUCUCUCUAUGCACGCCUAUAACCUGAUCGCACGUUGGUCUGACACUUCAGUGAAAAAACAACCCCUACUCUCUCUUUCUAUGCCACCGAAAGCCCAGUCAUCCUCUCUCAAUUGUACCAUUAACAGAUAUCAAUAAAAGAAUCACUGUCUAAUAGUACUUCCAACCAGAACAACACAAUUUUCAAAGAACUGAUACUGGGGUGGUAAAUUACCAAAGUAAGAAUCAUAGGCCCUAAAUUUAUUCCUCUCCUAACAUAGUUGUAAAUCUUCAAACCUAAAAUCUAUGGGCAAAAACUAAAGUGAAUCGUAAAACCAUGUGUUGGUUUGAUACAGUUACUACACACUGUACUGUACUGAGAAAAUGGUAAUUUAGAAUAAAAAAUUAAAAUUAUUUUUAAAAUAAUGAAAACUCAACUUAAGUUUCAUCUAAUACACUUCCACAUUCUUUUGCAAGUUCCACCUACAAUAAAAUCCAAAAGUUGUAAGGAAUAUCAAGACCCAUCCCAAAAUGUCAGCCUCAUUUUAAAUAUUAUAAUAAAUCACCCAAUGAAAUAUUACUUUAAAACAUUCCAUCAUUAUAUUAAUAUUAAAAGAAAUAGAAAAGUUAACUCUAGUAACAAUCCAAAAAUGAGCAAAUGGGAGAGAAUCCUACACAGAAAUUAAGUGGUUUGUAUUGCAUAAAUUGACCCAACCAUUUAAGUAAUAAAAAUUUCAUGUAGAUUAUCAAAGAAAAGAUUAAUUUUUAACUUUUCUUUUACAAAAUAUAUUGAUAUUUGCAUCCAUUUUCCACUGUAUAUUAUUAUCAAUAGUAUGCAACUUGUAAAAAUUUGUAUCCACCUCCCUCUUGAUUCUAGGUAGAUAGAUGGUUGAACAGGAAUCAUCUUUCAAGUUCCUUCUCCAGUAAUGUCAUUUCAAAAAAAGGUUAGUGGCUUUAAAGUUAUUAACAUUAAUUAAUUUCCCUUGCCUUUGCAUCUGCUGUAUCUGUUGCACUAGAAAGUUUUGUGCCAGAAUGGGUUUCAUCAGGAAUCUGCAGACCCACUGACAGAAUCCACAGGACCAUUGCUGUGAGUAAAGUUGUCCUCAUUGAGUCCACAGACAAACAAACUGUAAAAGUAAUACCAGGCUUGUGCAAACUAUUUACCGGGUAUACCAAUCUGGCGAAUCUCAUCUUGACCUGUGAAUAGAUGAUUACACUUAAAUAAUUCUUUCAAGUCUCCUAAACAUUUUUUGCCCACCCUGGAGGACUAUUUGGAGGAAGCAAUGGCUAGUAAUCCUCUGAAAGACAAAAAUAAUGAUCCAUUGGGCUACUAAAAAAAGGCUUGAGAUUGGCAGGCUCGUCUUCUUACCAGCUAAUCAGAUUGCUACUCGUGUUUCUUGUUUAAAUUGCCAUUUUAAUGGCGGCUUCCAUUGAUACUUUAUGGUGUUUGUCAUUUUAUAAAUAUUUCUUUUACCCAUUAUUUGCUUAAAAACAUAAGUGACCUUGAAAUAUUCCAAAAGGCUUAAGCAGCCCCAGGGGAAUAUUUUAUGCAGUUUUCACAUUGAAUCUCAUUCAAAUGUUUGUUGGGACUUAUUUAGGCUUCAACAAUCAUAAAAUUGUAAAAAGCUCUGCAAGUAAGACAUGUUUAGCCUAAGUGUCUCAUUUGCAUAAAUGUUGAGAUUUAAGUUUGAUUUAUAAAGAUUGUAUUAGUUCAUUCAAUGCCCUGCUAGAAUAUAUUUAUAGUUUUAAAUCUGUAAAGCAGUUAGUUUAUUUUGUAUAAAUUUUUGUACAAAGUAAGUGCAGGGUAGAAUCUGGAACCGGUUAACCGCGAUAAGCGAGGGACGACUGUACUAAACUUUCCGUUUAAAUAUAAGUUAAAAGUAUAAAAAAUUUUUUUUGUUUUUCCUAGUCUGGAUUAUCAAAUUAUGUGGAUCUUGUGUUGAUUCCUGACCAUCCCUUUAAUCCAGAACGAACAAAUGGAUUGAGAUUCUUUGCAUAUUUCUAAUCUGUACAAUACUUUUAAAAAUUUAAAAACAAUUAAUUUCUUUGCUAGUUAUUUUCCAAUUGCACAGCCACUUGUACAUUGAUGACACAUUUUGAAAAAUUCAAGUACUGUUUUAAUGUAUAUAAUAUAAUGUCUCAAUGAAUAUCAUCUCAAUAACAGACUGUAGCAAACCUAUGGGUAAAACUUAUGACCCAGCUGAAACCCAAGAAGGCUGGUACGACUGGUGGGUUCAGAAAGGAUACUUCAAGCCUCUAAGUGUAAUGUCAUUUUUUGUAUUAUUUGAAUUUUAAUAUCUCAUUUCAUUCUGCAAAUAUAGAUUAUCCUAUUAUCUGUAACAUUUGAAUUAUUUCCUGGUUGUAUAUUUCAUUAUAGUGAUGGAAACAUGGAAUGGUGUAUCUUUUAUGGUGUAGUGACCCGAAUAUUUUUGGGAACCACUGAUGACAUGCUGCAAAAGUAGCAAUAAAGGAAUAAAUGUUUACUGCAGCUAAUUUUACCUUAAGUUGUUUGUUAAAAUAUCUAUGGGACACAUAUGGUUGUAUGAUACGGUUGCUUUUUUGUGUGUGUGAAAAUAGAAAAAAUGAAAACAAAACUGAUUUAAGUAAUCUUAAUUUAAAAUAUCAACAAGCAAAUAUUGACAUCACAUUUUGGUUUGGUUCACAAGGUAUAACACGCUAUUGACCCUCUUGAGACUAACAGAUUGUCAAGCUUUUCAUCUUUUAAAUGCAUAUUUCUUCAUGUUUAGCGAGAUGCUGCUUGUCAAGAGGAGUUCACCAUGCUGUUGCCUCCCCCAAAUAUCACAGGGGCCCUUCACCUUGGUCAUGCCCUGACCGGUGCUAUUCAAGAUGCCAUAGUCAGGUGGCACAGAAUGAAAGGUAAUACAUGAGUUCUGCAUGGAUCUGCAGAAAUAAGUUCUAAGUGUACUAAGUACAUAAUAAAUUUGUAAAGAAUUUAAAAAUAAAACUCAAAUUAUUGAUAUUUUCUGAUGAAAGAGUUGAGAGAUUUACCUUUUUAUUACCUGGUACAUUUACUGUGUCACCUUGACAUUUUUAUUCUAUUAUUAUUAUAAAUGUUAUAUAUUAGGCUGCAAAAAGAUUUUGAAAAUAGUAUAGAAAAGCUCAUAGAAAGGCCAGAACAAAAAUGUGCUUUUUUACUUUGUUCUUCUAUUACUUAAUGUUGUUGUAACUCUCUGAAGGCAUACAUCUGAUUUUAAGAAAAAUUAUAAUUUUUUUUCCAUUAUUAUUCAUGAUCGGAUGGUAUAGUAAAUAUCAAAAUAAUUGAAAUAAAGUUUUUGUUUGUUACUUGAUCUAUAAAAUGUUUCAAAAUUUCUUGUGCCAUUGGAUCUCUUAACAUUGUCCCUAAUAAUUUAAAGGAAUCUCACUUAAAUGUUAAUAUAGUUUCAGCAACUUUAUGUUUUAUGACAAUGUCAAGACAAACAUUUAAAUACAUAUUGGUGACAAGUUUCUAUACUGUUAUGACUAUUCACAACCAUUGACGAAGCCCAUUUGCAAACAAUUUGAUAGUCAACUCAACAGAAAAUGUACCUGUCUGUUCUAUCAACAUAGGUUACAAAGCAGCAUGUUCAGUUGUUUAACAUUCUUUGCUAACAAUGUUAACUCAGCGAUGGCCUUGAAGGGCAGAUAUUGUUGUGCAGUUUAUUGACCUACUUACAUGCAAAUAAAAUGUUCCACACAAAAUCUUGUAUUCAUUCGCUGUAAUUACAUUGGCCUCACCACUCCAAGGACACAGAACUUUAUGGCUGCCAGGAACAGAUCAUGCCGGCAUAGCUACCCAUGCGGUCGUCGAGAGGAAGUUGAUGAAGGAACAAGGGAAGACGAGACAUGACCUAGGGAGGGAGGCAUUUGUUCAAGAAAUUUGGAAGUGGAAAAAAGAGUGAGUGGAAUAUUUUUUUUUUAAUCCCUUAUCCCAUUUUAUAUUAUCCUUCGUUAUUUCAGAUUUAGGUUAGAUCCUGGCAUUCUUUACACACCUGUUUGGGUGAGUUGAUCUGAGAGAUGAUCUGAGUACAAUUCUAGUUUCUUUGACAAGCAUAUUUAAAAUGUUGUAUUACCAUUAUUGCUUUUCAAGGGUGGUGCUGUCUUUUUAAGCUAAGCCCAGGCUGAUAAAUUGUAGACAAUGUUUUUAUGGUACAUCAACUUAUAAACUUCUUGUAUUCUAGACAUGGAAACACCAUUACAAAACAGAUGAAGCUUUUGGGUUUAUCAUUAGAUUGGUCAAGAGAGUAUUUUACACUGGAUGAGGUAAAAAGAUGAUUUAUAUAAUACUGCUUAUGUGUUUGUAUAUAAUAUUUCAUUGAUUCUCAUAAAGAAAAUUUUGUAAAAAAAAAAAAAAAAUGAAAGUAGCCAAAAAUAGCAUACAAAAUCUUUGUUACUUUUUACUUUCAUAAUAUAUGUGACUUUUUUCACCGAAAUCCAUUUUUAAAUAUUGGAUUUUGAUUGGUUAAAAGCACAUUUGUUGUAUGCCAUUUUCUAAAUUUUAUAAUAUAUUAUAUUUGGUUACAACUGAAACGAACGAUAAUGGUGUCUAAGUUUAUUGGAUUUAAUCAGUUCAUAUUGUCAUUAUUAAUUAGCAAUUUAUUUUACCCAACCUCUUUCCAAAUCAGAAACUAAGUGAAGCAGUAACAACAGCAUUCUGUGAAUUGUUUGAGAAAGGCCUGAUCUAUAGAGACAAUCGUAUGAUUAACUGGUCAUGUGCCCUGCAGUCCUCUCUUUCAGAUAUUGAGGUAAAUGAAUUUAAUAACAAAAACAUGUUUUGUAUUUUUCAUUGCUGCUAUUAUCUUAAUCUUGUUUUUUUAAAUUUAUGUUGGAGGGAAAAUAGAAUAUUGUCAACAGAAAAAUUUUGUUUGCGGCGAGUCUCAAUUAUUUCUUUUAUAUUUUAGAAAUAUUUUCUAUGUUUUAAGUGGUCUUCGGGUUUCAGAAGUUGGACCAACCUUCUCUAUGUAAUUAUGUGGCUGAGUUUUUUAAUUCCCUGUUUCCAUUCCAGGUAGACAAUCUUUCAGUCGAGGGUCCCACAGUGUUACAAGUACCUGGCGUGGAGGGUGGUGUUGAGGUUGGCAUCAUUCACCAUUUUGCCUACCAAGUAGCUGAUUCAGGUUGUGAAAUAUUUUCUCAUUUCUAUUGAGCUUCAGGUUACGCUAUCUAUUAUUUAGUUGCACUUAAUUUGUUUAUUGGGAGUCUGUCUACGGCUAAACUUUUAUCAGCGUUAAAAUUAAGAAUGACAUAACUUCCUAACCAAUGUCCAGGUCCAUGGCCUUUUGACAUGAAUAAAUAGGUCCAUGGCAUGUCCUUCCUUUUUACAUACAUAAAUAAGUCCAUGUUGUGUCCUUCUUUUAACAUAAAUGGGUCCAUGGUGUGUCCUUUUUUGACAUAAAUAGAUAGGUCCAUGGCAUGUCCUUUUUUUGACAUAAAAAAUAGGUCCAUGGUGUGUCCUUUUUUUUGACAUAAAUCAAUAGGUCCAUGGUAUGUACAUUUUUUUGACAUAAAUAGGUCCAUGGUAUGUCCUUUUUUUGACAUAAAUAAAUAGCUCCAUGGUGUGUCCUUCUUUUAACAUAAUUUGGACCAUUGUAUGUCCUUUUUACAUAAAUAAAUAGGGUUAUAGGUAAGUAUUUUAAGACAUAUAUAAAUAGAAACAUAGGGAUUAUUAUAAGUCAUACAAAAUUUAGGGACUUAAGGAGGAAGUAAAAUUAGACAUAUAUAAAUUGCAGUGAAGUUGUAUUGGUUGUCUUAAAACUUUGGGACAUCAGAACCAGCUGAAAAAAUUGCUUAUCCUUAUAAUUGAUACUUUUGAGCUCAGGUUGUAUUUAUCAAUAUUUUGUGCGCGCCACAUUUAGUUUUUUAAUGAGCCUUGUCAAUAAAUUUUAUAACCAUAGAUACCAUUUGUUACAACAGAUGAGCAGAUCAUCGUGGCAACAACCAGGCUGGAAACAAUGCUGGCCGACACGGCUGUGGCUGUGAACCCAAAAGACUCUCGCUAUGCACAUCUUGUAGGGAGGAAAGUUAUCCAUCCCUUUGAUAGAAGCAGGCCGGUACCGAUCAUUGCCGAUUCUUUUGUCGACAUGGGGUUUGGGACAGGUAAAAGGUUAGAGAAGAUGUUAAGCCAGUUAUCUUGAAAAAGUGUUGGUGACGGUCUUGGUCACUGUGUGAUCCAUUCAGUGCAUCAGUUGUUAUUAGGAUCUUUGUUUGCAAUGCGUAAGACCUAAUUAAUGGAUUGAAACCUGGACAUUAUAAUUAAUUUUUUUGUUGUACAAAAAAUUUCAAAAGGUCAAGGUAAUGAGAGCUAAAAUUAUACAAACACAAAAUGAAUAGUACCCGGUAAUUUGUUUUAUCUAAUGUUAUUUCAGGGAAAGUUAACGAAAUCAAUGUUGUGUCAGUGGAAGUUAACAAAAUGAAAUCAAUGUUGUGUCAGUGGAAGUUAACAAAAUCAAUGUUAUUUCAGUGUCAGUAUAUGAUAUAAAUCAAUGUUGUGUCAGUGGCAGUUUUUAGUUAACAAAAUAAAUCAAUGUUUUUUCAGUGAAAGUUAGCAAAAUAAAUCAGAGUAGUGUCUAUUCCAUCAGGUGCAGUGAAAAUAACUCCGGGUCACGAUGCCAUCGAUUAUGAAGUAGGUCAGCGCCACUGCUUACCAAUUAUCGACAUCCUAAAUAACGAUGGCACCCUACGCAAAAACGUGCCAACUUUUGGCGGGAUGAACCGCUUCGUGGUUCGUAAAAAAUUAAAGGACGCCCUCAGUGCCAUGGGGUGUUACCACGGCGAACAUAAGCAUGCAGCCACGCUGCCCAUUUGUAGGUAAGCUUUGAGUUAUUGUCUUGGGUUUAAUGAAAUGAAAAAUAGAUGGUAUAUCCUACCAGUGUAGUAUGAAUCGUUGCAGUAUUUGUUGUAAAUGAAGAAAAAUAAUUUAAGCAGUCGUAGCCUGUCUGAGGUCAUGUUAAUUCCUAUAUGCCUUCUUUAAUUUGUAUGAUGCUGUAGACAAUGUUUAUUGCUUGAACUCACUGAUGUUAUGGAAAUGUAACCAACUUUAAUAGUCUUACACCCUUUUGGUUAAAGUAAAGAAUAGCAGUCAACAAAAUAAUUCCAAGUCAAUGGUCCUCUGUGCGAGUUCAAGUUUAAAAUUAUUUUUUUUUGUGUGAUCUUCAGCCGAACUGGAGACAUUGUUGAGCCUCGUCUUAAAGAGCAGUGGUUCUUAGACUGCAGAGAAAUGGCCCAACGAGCCAUGCAGGUAUGUGAAUUAUUUAAAAAAAAUUCUCUGUUGCAGAUGAUAGGGAACGUUAUUUAAUCAUUCCAGAAUUGGGCUGGGUGACCAUUUUCGUUUACUUUUGGUUUAAACUGUAGCACUAGCCCCUCAGUGAAACAAGGUUAUGUUUGAUACUGCAAUAUUCUACAAGCUUCUUAAAGUCUGGCUCCAACUUAGGGUUCAAGGAGUUUGUGAAAUCUGGUUUACUUAUGAAUUAAUUUGAAUGGAAAGAAAUAACUUUUUGUUUUUUUUAAAGCAAGAUAGAAAAUAUCUUUGACUCACUGGUGUAGGCAUCUCUGGUGAAUGACCAACAUUUUGUUUUGUGGUCAACAGUUUCACUGGCCACCACAUCCCAAUUAAACUCAACAUUUGACCCAACUGUGUCUUUAAUCACUACAUUUUGAUCACCUACCCCUCGGUGUUGUUCCAGGCAGUUGAAUCGGGUCAACUCAAGAUAACUCCAGACUACAACCAGAUCAUUUGGUGGGAGUGGUUGACCAAAACUCAGUGAGUACUUGAUGAUGAUGAUGACAGUUUAAUUAUAGCUACAUGUUGAAGAUAACAAUAUAGUUGUAGCUACAUGUUAAUGAUGAUCGUUUAGCUAUAGCUGCAUGAUGAUGAUGACAGUAUAGUUUUAGCUACAUGUUGCAGAUGACAGUGUUGUUAUGGCUACAUGUUGAUGAUGAUUAUUGCAAUGUAUUGAUGAUAUCAUUUUUGUUAUUGCUACUUAAGAGACUUGAGUUUAAUACAGUAGUUUGUUACUAACUCACAGCUGGAAAACCUGAUUAUGGGACACAUAAACUAGUCAUUAUAAAUGGGAAUAAAAAAAUGCCAUUUCGAAUUUUUUUUUAAUGCGCACUUCCCAAAGGAGUCUUAGUAGUGUGUACAUGUUCACAUAGGAAGAGGAUGAGGUCCACCCUGGGCGGCAAAUCGCAAUGAUCACUAAUUAAGUCAUGAAUGUCACUAAAGGAGUUCAUUUAUGGAUUAUUUCUAGGCCAGAGAAAUACUUUAGAUGUCUUGUGUUUAAAUUGUUAUCAUUAUAAAAUGUUGUCUUUGUUUAAAUAUGUGUUUAUUUAAGUGCUGAAAAUAAAUAUGUCCAAUGUAAUUAAAAAAACUUUACCAUUAAUUUGGAUCAAUAAAGAAUCAUAUCUUAUCUUACAUUCCAUCCAUUGGAUAUGUUAUGUUAUUUAUUUGUUAGGAAUGUUUUGUAGUUUUUGUGAAUUAUUGGCAGUGAAGUCAAGGACUGCCCCGGGCACCACAAACUCCAUUUACUCCACUGGCUCUAAGAUCAUUGUCCUACUGAACUGGCUUCUCAGUAACAUCAUCAUUCAUAUUGUUUGGGUACCCAUGUAAUUUACAUUGUAAAUCACCUAAGUAGAUUUAAUCUGCAGCAUAAUAGAUAGGAAUAAGAGAAAAGAUGUUCUAAUUUAUAUUGAAGAAAAGAUUUUAAGAAAGCUGUUCAAAAGGAUUUGGAAAUGGUUAGAAUUUUGGUUGUCUAUAUCACCUCUCUCACUUUCAGCUUGGCAAAUGUUUUUUUUGUUGUUGUUUUUUUUGUUGCAAGGAAAAGUACUUGAGUACCAAACACUGAAUCUGAUGCCUUGGUGAUUUCAUUUAAUUUUUUUUCAUUUUUAAGUUCCUUGGCGAGCCAUAACUUUCGAUCCCACUAGCACAGCGGUUCUCAACCUGUGGGUCGCGACCCCUUUGGGGGUCACGCGGCCCUUUCACUGGGGUCCCCUAAGACCAUCUGAAACACAUAUACUCUACAGUUAUAUAGUAUCAAAGAAAAUAUUUUUGUGGUUGGGGGUCGUCACAUUAGAAACUGUUUUAAAGGGUCACGGCAUUAGAAAGGUUGGGAACCACUGCACUUGCAGAAUGAUUUUUUUUAGACACGUGUCAUUCCUUUUGACAUACAGAGAGCCAUGUGCCAAUGCUGUUUGGCAAAUGACAUUUUAUUAUACUAAUAGAUAUCUGGUAAUGUUUACUUUCUUGUUCUAGGGAUUGGUGCCUGUCAAGACAGCUGUGGUGGGGACACAGGAUACCAGUCUAUACGUGUAUGGUAAGUCGGUACGUCAUACACUUUACAUAACUGGAACUGUCAUGAAAAAAAAAGGAAUCUGCCUUUAAUGCCCUCCAUUUUGAUAUAAAUGUUGUGCGCAUGCAUAUUUGAUUUAGCCACUGCUUGGUGCCAUAGUUAGAACCAUCAAGCCCAUCUUUAUCAAUUAUUUUGUUCAAGGAAACUAAUAACUAUUAUCUAGUCUGCUAAAUUGAAAAAAAUAAUAACAUGAUAAGAACAUUUUAAUUGACACAAAUUUUGAUCUAUCUAGGAGAGUAAGAAAACCACCUGUGCCCUUUCAGAAGAGGAAGCAAAGAAACAACUUGGAUCUUUGUCUGUUAGACAGGGUGAGCUUCCAUUUGAUAGAUAUCUCUUUUGACUUAAGAGCUUUAUAUGAAUAUUUGUGUAUUCGAGCUGCCGUAGUGGAAAACCGUGAACUGAAUUAACUUGUUCGCUUGUAUAAAUUGACAGAUGAGGAUGUGCUGGACACGUGGUUCUCUUCUGCCCUUCUCCCGUUCUCUGCCUUCGGCUGGCCACAGAAGGUGGGUUGGUGUUUAAAUCAAAGAGCUUUGUGGCACAAAUCUCAAACAUGAUUAAAAUUAGAGCUUUGUAGCACAAAUCUCAAACAUGAAUAAAAACAUGCCUUAAUAUUAACAAAUUAUGUUGUUUAAAGAAUAAAUCAUGUCAUAAGAACAUUGUAGGCAGUGGUUCAGUAUUUUCAGUGGAUUGCUAUCUUCUAUUUUGUAAGACAGAUGUAGUGUUGUCUUAAAACCAGCUGACCAAUUCAUAAAAACAUGAUAAUGUUGCUUAAAUUAUCACCUCAAUUCUAUUUGUUCUGUUUGAACCAGACUUUGGACCUUGAAGAGUUUUACCCCCAGCACCUAAUGGAGACUGGACAUGACAUCUUAUUUUUCUGGGUGGCCAGGAUGGUCAUGCUGAGUCUCGGGCUUAAUGACCGCUUGCCUUUCAGUAAGGUGAGAUAACUUUUUAUUUUUUAAUGAUCACUUACCUUUCAGUAAGGUGAGAAAACUUUAUGUUUCUUAAUAAUCACUUGCCUUUCAGUAAGGUGAGAUAACUUUAUGUUUCUUAAUGAUCAAUUACCUUUCAGUAAGGUGAGAAAACUUUAUGUUUCUUAAUGAUCACCUACCUUUCAGUAAGGUGAGAUAACUUUAUGUUUCUUAAUGAUCACUUACCUCUCAGUAAGGUGAGAUAACUUUAUGUUUCUUAAUGAUCACUUACCUUUCAGUAAGGUGAGAUAACUUUAUGUUUCUUAAUGAUCACUUACCUUUCAGUAAGGUGAGAUAACUUUAUGUUUCUUAAUGAUCAAUUACCUUUCAGUAAGGUGAGAUAACUUUAUGUUUCUUAAUGAUCACUUACCUUUCAGUAAGGUGAGAUAAUUUUAUGUUUCUUAAUGAUCACUUACCUUUCAGUAAGGUGAGAUAACUUUAUGUUUCUUAAUGAUCACUUACCUUUCAGUAAGGUGAGAUAACUUUAUGUUUCUUAAUGAUCACUUACCUUUCAGUAAGGUGAGAUAACUUUAUGUUUCUUAAUGAUCACUUACCUUUCAGUAAGGUGAGAUAACUUUAUGUUUCUUAAUGAUCACUUACCUUUCAGUAAGGUGAGAUAACUUUAUGUUUCUUAAUGAUCACUUACCUUUCAGUAAGGUGAGAUAACUUUAUGUUUCUUAAUGAUCACUUACCUUUCAGUAAGGUGAGAUAACUUUAUGUUUCUUAAUGAUCACUUACCGCUCAGUAAGGUGAGAUAACUUUAUGUUUCUUAAUGAUCAAUUACCUUUCAGUAAGGUGAGAUAACUUUAUGUUUCUUAAUGAUCACUUACCUUUCAGUAAGGUGAGAUAACUUUAUGUUUCUUAAUGAUCACUUACCUUUCAGUAAGGUGAGAUAACUUUAUGUUUCUUAAUGAUCACUUACCUUUCAGUAAGGUGAGAUAACUUUAUGUUUCUUAAUGAUCACUUACCUUUCAGUAAGGUGAGAUAACUUUACGUUUCUUAAUGAUCACUUACCUUUCAGUAAGGUGAGAUAACUUUAUGUUUCUUAAUGAUCACUUACCGCUCAGUAAGGUGAGAUAACUUUAUGUUUCCUAAUGAUCACUUACCUCUCAGUAAGGUGAGAUAACUUUAUGUUUCUUAAUGAUCACUUACCUUUCAGUAAGGUGAGAUAACUUUUUUUCUUAAUGAUCACUUACCUCUCAGUAAGGUGAGAUAACUUUAUGUUUCUUAAUGAUCGCUUACCUCUCAGUAAGGUGAGAUAACUUUAUGUUUCUUAAUGAUCACUUACCUUUCAGUAAGGUGAGAUAACUUUAUGUUUCUUAAUGAUCACUUACCUUUCAGUAAGGUGAGAUAACUUUAUGUUUCUUAAUGAUCAAUUACCUUUCAGUAAGGUGAGAUAACUUUAUGUUUCUUAAUGAUCACUUACCUUUCAGUAAGGUGAGAUAACUUUAUGUUUCUUAAUGAUCAAUUACCUUUCAGUAAGGUGAGAUAACUUUAUAUUUCUUAAUGAUCACCUACCUUUCAGUAAGGUGAGAUAACUUUAUGUUUCUUAAUGAUCAAUUACCUUUCAGUAAGGUGAGAUAACUUUAUGUUUCUUAAUGAUCACUUACCUUUCAGUAAGGUGAGAUAACUUUAUGUUUCUUAAUGAUCAAUUACCUUUCAGUAAGGUGAGAUAACUUUAUAUUUCUUAAUGAUCACCUACCUUUCAGUAAGGUGAGAUAACUUUAUGUUUCUUAAUGAUCAAUUACCUUUCAGUAAGGUGAGAUAACUUUAUGUUUCUUAAUGAUCACUUACCUUUCAGUAAGGUGAGAUAACUUUAUGUUUCUUAAUGAUCACUUACCUUUCAGUAAGGUGAGAUAACUUUAUGUUUCUUAAUGAUCAAUUACCUUUCAGUAAGGUGAGAUAACUUUAUGUUUCUUAAUGAUCAAUUACCUUUCAGUAAGGUGAGAUAACUUUAUGUUUCUUAAUGAUCACUUACCUUUCAGUAAGGUGAGAUAACUUUGUUUCUUAAUGAUCACUUACCGCUCAGUAAGGUGAGAUAACUUUGUUUCUUAAUGAUCACUUACCUUUCAGUAAGGUGAGAUAACUUAUUGAUAUGUUUUUUUAUCAUCACUUACCUUUCAGUAAGCUGAAUAUCUAUAAUAGAUUUCCCGCUUGCUUGUAUAAUUCAUUAUAAGGUUUACAUGGACAGCUCAACUGUGUAAGCUACUCUUAUGAUUUUUCCAAAUCACCACACUGUGCCCAUGUCUGUGCCUCCAUCAAUCAAAUGUACCCAUGUCUCCAUCAAUCAAAUGUACCCAUGCCUCCAUCCGUCAGAUGUGUCUGUGCCUCCAUCAAUCAGAUGUGUAUGUGCCUUAGAGAGCAAUGCCCUAGAUCUGGUCUGUGAAAUUAGUAAAAAUUAGGCAUGUUGAUAUUUUUUGGCAGCCGGAAAAUCCUUACCAUUAUUUCCUAUUUUAUGAAUCAGAUAUUCCUGCACGGCAUGGUACGUGACGCCCAUGGUCGCAAGAUGAGCAAGUCUUUGGGCAAUGUCAUUGAUCCCUUGGAUAUUGUCAAUGGCAUUACCCUGGAGGUAGCUAUUGACAGAAAGAUGCUGUUGAUCUGUGGAAACACAGUGACAAAAUGAACCUGUUAUAUUUAGAUAGAAUAUUAUCUAAAAACAAUAUUUCAAGUAGAUUUUUUGUAAUUUUUAGAGAGAUAGCUCUGCUACUUGGUGUUUCACAAUAAUUUUUUUUGUAUAUACUUCUGUUCUGUUCUUUACUUAACUAAAUGAAACUCCAGUGUUCUGUUCUUUACUUAGCCUUAUUAUGGUUCAUAAAAAUAUUAACACUAGUGAUGUCUAAUUAUCAAAUAACUGAUAUAAGACCAUCACUUUUCUCAUUAACUGAGAAAUUACACAAGCGCCUUGAAGAGGGGAACUUAAAUCCAAGGGAGAUCAAUGUUGCCCACGCUGGCCUGACCAAGGAUUAUCCCAAGGGUAUUGCCCAGUGUGGUGUUGAUGCACUAAGAUUUUCACUGUGUUCCUAUAAUGUUAAAAGUAAGUUUGACUGUGCCCCUAUAAUGUUACAAAAAAGUUUGACUGUCCCUAAAAUGUUAAAAGUAAGUUUGACUGUGUCCUUAUAAUGUUAAAAAUAAGUUUGACUGUGUUCCAAUAAUAUUAAGAUUAAGUUUGACUGUGCCCUUAUAAUUUUAACUCUUUCGAUGCGGAACAACUCAAACUGCGUUUGUCCGCCGUUCCCAAAAGCACGGACUAACGCGCUGUGCGUUGUUUCAAUAUCAUGUUUGUUUCUUUGCUAUUUCUCUGUUAAAAUUUUUAAGAGCUAUUUUUAAAUAAGACUUUUACAUAGAAGAGUGGUAUGUUAUUGUUUAUAAGUGAAACCAAGGAUUAUUUUUGUCAUUUGUAGCAUUAUUUUAAUGAUUUUCAUCGCUUUUUUUUGCUACUGUUGCUAUGGCUACUCUAGGCCCUAGUAGGUGAGUUAGUUUCGUAGACGACUAACAGCUUAAAAACCUUUGGAAUUGUUUUAUACUAUACUAUUUCUUUUGAUAGUGAAAAUGAUUUAUAUUUACGAUAGUAGUAGUUUUAGAGGAUUUUAGUUAUAGAAAUGAAGAUGCGGUAUGCGUACAUCAUAGGGUCUUGGGAAAAAAUGGUUUAGCAUAAAAUAUUUUCACAUUUUAAGGUUAUUUUCUGUUACUUAUUUUAUUUAAACUGAAGAAAUAAGCUUACAAACAUAUAGUCCUUUCAUUUAUAUCUCAUUUGAUACCAAUUUUAGUCUUAUAAACCAAAGAAUAAUAUUUUAAAUAUUUUUUAAUAAACCCAACCUCUCACUCUUUUUCGCACUUUGAAAUUUUUUUUACAUUUUUUCGAUAAAAAUAUUCCGCUACGAAAGAGUUAAAAGUAAUUUUUGACUGUGUCCCUAUAAUGUUAAAAGUAAACUUGUUAAUAUAAAAUGUUGAUUGUUAUAAAAUUCCCUUAAUAUAUAUAUGGAUAAAGAGACCCCCCAUCUUCAAAGGGAUUCAAAUUUAUUCAGUACAAGUAUGUUGAAUAACAUUGAAUAACAGCUAAAACCAUCCUUUGUUUUUCCACAAAAAAGAAUACUCUUUUUUCAAGAAGUAAUAAAAGAAAAAACAACAGGAAAAGCAAUAUAAUAAUUAAAAUGAACACUUAGCUGCCAUGUAGUAUACAAGAAAACAAGUGGUAUGUGAUUGCAGUCUCUUCCCCUUAUCACCAUGAAAUAUUUUAAGCCUGUAAAUUUCAUCUUUCAGUUUUAUAACUGUAGUAUAACUGUAGUUUAUUAUUAUUUCAUUACAAAAUAAAUAAAUCUUCCAGGUGCUCUCAAAAAGUUUAUUCUCUGGGACUCUUAGGGCCUCCCCGCACCUCUGAAAGGCUCUUAUGAAGAAAACAAUUGACACUACAGUAUUUUUCUUGGUCUCUUCCAACAGAUGUAGAUAUCAACUUUGAUGUAACACACGCUGAAAGCAACAUGCGUUUCUGUAACAAGAUAUGGCAGUCGUUCAAGUUUAUUUUGUCCAAGUUUUCACCAGAAUUUGUUCCCGUUCAAGAUGUGGAGGUAACUAUAAACUAUGACAUUUUGGUGGUCAGCUUAAAGGUAACCAGGAGCUAAAAUAUUUGUUGGUCGUUUGGAGGUAACUAGAAAUUUAAAAAAUUUGGGGGCAGUUUGAUACAGAUAGAAGUAAAAUAUAUGCAUGGUCAGGCUGAUUUACUGGAAUUUAAUUCUUCUGGCACUGGAUGAUAAAUAUUUUUGACAUACUCAAAUCUCUGGAUGAUGAACAUAUUAGCUAAGUGAACGUUUAUUUUUGUCUAAAACAUAAUUUAAAAGAAACCUGCAUGAAGGGGAAAAAAAAGAAAGGUUGGGAAGAGUGCAUUGGAAAGCUUAUGUUCAAUAAGUGUCUUUAACUUUAAUAACAAAUUAAUAUGUGAACAUUUUUUCAAAAGCUUUAUAUAUUGGUGAUUGCAUUGUUUGUAUUCUUACAUAUGUUAUUUUGUAAACAAAUUCAGCCGACAGGAUUUGAGGAUGGUACAGAUCUAUGGAUCCUGAGCAGGUUGAGUUACAUGGUCCAGUCAUGUGACAGCCAUUUUCAAACAAAUGACCUUCACCUUGUGACUGGUGCUCUGCAACAGUUCUGGUAUCAGGAGCUGUGUGAUAUUUAUAUUGUGAGUUUUGACCAAAUAAAAAAAUUCAAAGCUAACAGUACCAGCAACAGAUUUAAUAUUCAACUUAAUUUUUUUCCCCUUAAUAAUUCAUAUUCUGUGCAGUGAAACAAUUGAAUCUUCAAGUCCAUAUUAAUUUUCAUUUUGUUCUCACUUAAAGUUGCUGGUUAUUGAAAUGAUUUAUUUUUUACCCACCCCCAAUUUGAAAGUGCUUUAACAUUAUCAAUAUUGUGGAUCAGGCUAUGCUUGUUGAUCCAGCGAAAAACAUAUUUUGACACUCUUACACUUGGAGAUUAGCAUUUCAUUUUGGAUCAGACAUGACCUAAAUUAUACAACAGGUUCAUUAUUAGAUUACAUAUAUAACAUUUUGGAAUGCUGCAUUGCAAGUCCUAUUAUGAAUGUAAAUAAACUUUUUUUUUUUUUUUUAAACUAUGACAGGAGGCUGUGAAACCAAUAUUUAUCAGUGAUGAUUUGAAGAGACAAGAAUUAGUUCAGCAAAUCCUUUACAGGUGUGCCGAGACCUUUGUGCUGGCGGCUGCUCCAAUUAUGCCCUUCUUAUGCGAGGAGCUUUAUCAGAGACUCCCACAAAGAGGGAUUGGGCGAUCUGAGAGUGUGUGUGUGGCGGAGUAUCCCAAACCAGAAACUGUGAGUCCUGGAGACUUGUGUUGUGUGCUUUAAAGGAAAACUGGCUUGGAAAUUCACUGACAACAUUAUGGCAUUUAAGAGUUGACAUUUUUCAACUGUAAUCAACGGAAUAAUCAUUCUUUUUUAAGGGUAUCAAAUUUAAAGCUAUAAAGAAGUUUUUAAACUCUUGUACUUUUAUUUUCAUAACUCAUGUUUAAAAAAUAAGGUCAGAAAAGAAUUAUUGCCUAUGAAAUUUUUUUUUAAAAAUUGUUUUUUCCAAAAGUUUUAGUAAUUUCCUUACAACUCUCUUAUUAAAAUAAUGAAAAACUUGUACACUUUUCAAAUUGCACAUGGUGAAAAUAUUUUCUUCAAAAUUCUUAGGAAUAUGAGUGGAAAACAAACAUAUUCAGCCAAGUAAAAUAGAAUGUAAAACAAAUAUUAUUUUUUAUGAAGUAUUACAAUUUUUUUCUUUAAUUAAAAAAAAAAAAUUAAAAAAUUCUAAAAUUCUUUUCACUUGGCACAUUCCAAACUCACAAUGUGCUGUAGUUCCCCUGGUAUAUGGAUUACUUGGAUUCCUCUAUGAAACAAGUGCAAGAUAUCAUCCAUCAUAUACAGAAGCUUAGGAAAGAAUAUAACAUUAUGGGAUCAAAGUCUCACGGUAACAGUGAUUUAUUUAAAGUAUAUCAUGUGAGAAUAGUUAGCUGAUGAAUUGUUGGGAUAAACUUGGGCAAAUUCAGCCUUCGUGCUAAUAGUGAAUGAUUACUUAAGCAAUUUUUCUCAUGUGACUGACCAGACCUUAUAUUUCAAAAGACCUCAUGACUGAAAAAGCUACAAUUCGCCGUCUUUGAAAACUGUAAACGCACAAUCAAAGACACCUAGCCUUCAUUUAAGUAUGCUGAAUAGUGCCAAUACUUUCUGUUACAGAUGCAACCAGUUAAGCUACAAUGUUAGACCCAAUCAUUAUUUUAAAUGAAUUUUUAACCAUGAAUUUUGAGUGUUCGCAAUAAUUGUUUAUAUCUAACACAAGAAAUUUAAACAAGUCCCUAACACAAAUAUUUUUUUAUCCCCCCCCUUUAGUUUAUCUACAGACAGACAAGUCUUUUUAUGCAGAAAUUUUGUUUCACCACAAGACUUGCUUGUGUGCCUUGUCUCGGAGCAACGAGGUCACGAUUCUUAGAACAACUGCAGACAUGGUGCAAGGCUGUGCCACAGUUUAUGUCAACCCAGACCUGAAAAUAUUGGUGGACUUAAAGGUAUCUGUAGUGUCUGCACAAUAGAUGGUAUCACUAGACUGGUAGCUGUAGUGUAUGUACAUAUGGUAUCACAUAGAUUGGUAGUUGUAGUGUCUGCACAAUUGAUGAUAUCACUAGACUGGUAUCUGUAGUGUUCACAAUUGAUGAUAACACUAGCUGAUAGCUAGUGUAUGUACAAUUGAUGAUAUCACUAGUAGACCAGUAGCUGUAGUGUAUGUACAAUUGAUGAUAUCACUAGUUGACCGGUAGCUGUAGUGUAUGUACAACUGAUGAUAUCACUAGUAGACCGGUAGCUGUAGUGUAUGUACAAUUGAUGAUAUCACUAGUAGACUAGUAGCUGUAGUGUAUGUGCAAUUGAUGAUGUAACUAGUAGACCACAGGGCCAUUAUGAUGUACAUUAUCUAUGAAUAGUUAUGUAUGACUUAUCAGAGGUCCAUUUUGGAAAAAGUUUUAGGAUUAAUAUGAAACAUAAAAUUUUUGUUACACUUCUAGGGCAGCACAAUAGAUGUCGAAAAAGAGCUUAACAGACUUCAUAGCAAAAAGAACAAAUUGGAAAGUGAAAAAAUUGAACUUGAUGCAAAACUGCAAAAACUUGUCAAGUUUAAAAAAAUUGAUUCUCAGGAAGCUGGAAAGUUGAAAUCAAAGGUAACAUCAUGACUGUACCACAGGAAUAACAUCAUGACUGUACCACAGUAAUAUAACAUCAUGACUGUACCACAGUAAUAACAUCAUGACUGUACCACAGGAAUAACAUCAUGACUGUACCACAGUAAUAACAUGACUGUACCACAGUAAUAACAUCUUGACUGUACCACAGGAAUAACAUCUUGACUGUACCACAGGAAUAACAUCUUGACUUGACCGCAGUAUUAAUCUUUUAGUGACGAUUAUCAGAAAUAUGUAAGAAAUCAAUUUUUAUUUUCAACACUAAUAAAUACACUUUAACAAGGGGGUUCAAAGUAAACAUCAUUUACCCCCAACAUGCUGACAUAACACUGUGACCCAAUUUUCAUUCCACUCUUGUGAUAUCUCUCCUGACAAUAGUUUACUGAGCGAGUGUUGAAGCUGUUACUGUGUGAUAUAAUGUAUUAGCCUCAAUAAAUCCCCCAAAAUGUGUCUAUUGUUUGUUUUAAACAGAUCACAAGAGUAGAUAAGGAGUUGGAGAAAAUUAUUGAGAUGACUAGCACUUUGUCUCAGAACAAUGUCAGAUGACAACAGUACUAAGAUCACAAGAGAUGCAAUUCAAAUUCAUGUAUGAAGGUUGACCAAUAAAUGCCAUUUUGAUAGAAAUGAUUGAAAUUACUACCCAUGUUGAGAAAGACAAGAUAAGUCCAGAGAGAUAGAUAGCACUAUACCACUUUAGUAAUAUAGAGCUGGCACUAUACCACUUUAAUAAGUAACUUGAGAUGACACUACUCCACUAAAGUAAUACAGAUGAUGAGAUAAUGGUUUUAAUUUUAUUGAUGGAAAAU